AUGGCCGAUGUUGUUGAUAAAGUGUUAGGUGUAAGCUCGGCCGUGUCUGGUGUUGUCAGUUUGAUAUUCUAUAAACUCUACAGGAAUCGGACAGAAACCGCCAGACAAGUUCGACAAAUCCCAGUAUGGAAUCCAGACUUGGAUCUGCAAGACCACCUGAAUAUGCAGGACAACCAGUCAUUAGCCUACGCAGCUGUGGAAGGUCUUAUCACAGAUAUGGGGCGUACUUUGCGCAGCCACCAUGGAGACGAGAAGGGCGUGGUCAUGAGGUCUCAGAUUGUGGAACACAAGUCCAAACGAAUCAAUGGCUUUUGGAGUGACAUGAAGAAAGUCAUCAGGGACAACACAGAAAUGGUUCCCUUUGCCAUCAGCAAGCCAGGAGGGGACCCAAGGUUUCGGGUAGAGGUCACAGAUGCCAGAAUGGCUACACAACUGGAGGAUGACCUACAGACUACAUAUGACCGAUUUGAGCCAAGCAAAGCCAGCUUGGUACAGGUUGGACUAGACAGAUUAUUUGGAGAAGUCACAAAAGGCAUUCAGGAAACCGAACAGAUGCUUUUAACAGGAACAAGUGUUCUCGGAGUUGGGAAAAUUUUUCUGCACCGUGGGGAAAUGAAACUGGGCCCACCUGAUGAUAGCAGCAGAAUGUACAUCAUCACCAAAAUGAGACUGUUGGAGCUGGUGCGGCACUAUGAGUCCCAGUCCACAGCCUACAAGAUCAUGGCCAUUAUAGCUGCUUGCAUCGGGGGAGGGUUGCUAGCGUACGUUUUAUAUCGCCACACAUCAGGGUGGCUGGAAAAACGCAGGCAGAGACUAGAAUUUGACGAAAUCAGGAGAUCUAUUGCCGAGCAGAGACAACGCUCCCAGGAGUCUCGGGCAGCUGAAUCGGCUGGAGAGGCAUCUGGACUGAGGGAUGAGGACACUUGUGUGGUGUGUUUAGCUAAUGCUCGCCAAGUUAUUGCCCUUCCAUGUGGUCAUUUAGCUACCUGUGCUGAUUGUGCAGAAACACUACCAUUUCCAAAAAUGUGCCCUGUAUGUAGAGCGGAUGUUGACAGAUUCUUGCCAGUGUAUCGUCCAUAA